AUGGAGAAACUCGUGAAGCCGCUGGCCGAAGGCUUCGAGGCAAUGCAAGCCCAGCAGAAGAAGACCCAAGAGCAAGUCGAGGCCCUGGCCCGAGAAGAUGACAAGGAACCAUUGGAUUCCGCUGCCGCGAUGAACAAUGGAACCGCAACUCGUCCCACACGUAUUGGCCGACAAGCGGCCCUAGAAUUUGAGCGAAUGAACCGUCGUCUUGACGAGUUCGAUUCUAAGGUCCAUCGCGCCACCAGCUCAGCCUCGGAGUUGACGAAAUCACUCGCCGACACCCGGGAGAGCCCCCUCAUCCACAAACUCCGUCAGAUCGAUUUGCGUGAAAGGAUCCGACUCAAGAUCGAUUCCUACACCGGGGAAGAAGACCCUAAGAAGUGGCUAACGGCGUUCAACCUAUGA